UCAAGGCAAUUGGAUCUUCUCAUAUCGACGGCUUGCUUAGGAUUCUGUGCUGUGGGCGCUGUCCAUCCAGUCCACUGUACCAAAUUGUGUAGGAAUCUCGCCAGCACUGUUGCCUGAGCAGAGGUAAUUGCCAGCUUCCAUCAAUUAUGGGCUUGUGCACAGCUUGACAUGUGGUUGUAGCCCUUAUCCAGAAACCGCCUCCCAGCUUCGGGGUAUCAGACAAAUGAAUUCCUUCAUACUAUUUGAUGGCUCUCGCUUGCAGUCUUUGUCCUUUGUCUUGAUUUGCUUCCAAAGCUCCAAAGCGCAACAAUUGUAAUAUCUUUGUCAACCUACUAGCCAGCUAUCUAGAUAAACAAACCAAGGAGAGCAGAGAGAUAUUAGUAGCUGCUGCCGUAGGUGGCCAGAGACACACUAGCUAGCUAGUGUUUUCGCCAUCUGAUCAUGGAUUUGUCCUCCGAGGACAAGACCAGGAAAAGACGUGCGGCGGGAGACGAUGAAACUGACGGUGUCCUCGACGAAUCCGGAACCGGUACUCCAAGCGGUGCAGCAGCACCAACAAGGUCACGGCCAUUGACCUUUCGGCCCGCAAUAGAUGAUCCUGUUCAGCUUACGAAUUUCCUCAAAGGAGUGCACCAAAAAUACCUAUUUCAGAGGGGAAGUAUCUUGGAGCGGUUAUCGGCACAGUCACAAGGCGGUGAGACGGCGCUGAAUGCAUCGGCUGUGCUGCCUCUGCGACCGCCAACAGCGGCGGUUGCAUCAGCGAAAGGUGACAUGUCGAUGGAAGCGUCCCUACCGGUAUCAAACAGGGAGGAAGCGGAAUUCCCCCCUACAACUGCGCGGCGCCGCAGACAGAGGGCAGGUAACAAUGCCAGUCUGCUUCGGGCCAAGAGCAUUGACUUUCAUGCUCCUGAUCCCGAGCAGGAAGCUCCCCCCAAUGAAACCGAGGAAGAACGACGAAGGCGCAAAGAGCGCAUCAAUGGAAGGCGAAAGCGGGCGAAGAAGAUGAUUGAGAUUGAUUUCCUAAACGAGCAAUACCACAAGCUGAAGGGCGCCAACGACAAGUUGAAAUCAGAGAACGAAGCUUUCCGAGAGAGGAUUGCCAUGCUCAAGAACCUUCAAGAUUCUGGCCUAAUCAAGGCAAAACCGGUUCCAGCUUCGAACAAAGCUGUUGUAACUGAGGGCUUGCUUCAGCAAGGGGAUAAAGAUGAAGACGAAAGGAAACCGGCUGCGAUACCUCAGCAGCGCACCCCGGCCCCACUCUUCCAGUACGCUUUGCCUCCUGCUGCGAUGUCUCUACGGGCAGCAAGAGAUGUUGCACUAAACCGUCCGCAGGAGGAAUCCAAAGAAGCGUUUGCGCAACCUCAGUUUGUGGGACAAGAGCGCUUGGACGUGGUAGGACUCGCAGGAGCAUCCAUUGCCGGGAGCCUCACUUCUACCCGACCCAGUGCCCCAUUGUGGAUGAGCUUGGCCGGUUUUGCUGGGGCAUCACCCUUCGUACAACAACAGCAGACUUUGCCUCAAGCAUCCAUAGCUGCAGCCCUCUUGUUCCAACAGCAGCAACAACAACAGGCAAGAAACUUUGCGACAGCAGCUGCGGCCGCCCAGUCAAUAGCAAACGCUCAAGCAUUGUCCCCGAUGCAACAAAUAUACCAAAACUUGUUCGCAUUGCAACAGCAGCAACAGAACCAAGGACAAUCAAGCCAGUCGUCGCCCUCGCAGCAGCCUGGUGGUCCGAACCAGCCCCAGGACCAUCGUUUCCGCCAACCUCCAACGGGCUAGAGGACUGGACUGCAUUGUCCAGGACCUCACAUACUUACAUGUCUACACACAUGAACAGCCAUCCACCAUCCAUCCAAAGGAACCGGAACCUGCCCUGAUGCCAUCAUCCUUGGAUGAGCAUGCUUACUCAUUGCAUUCGACUCAUGAUCUGCCGCUCAUCGGACGCCAAACGUCCUCGUUGCACGCACCCUCAUGGAAAGGCUUCCCUCACGAAUCAUCCUAAAACUAGCUACCACCGAUCAAACAAAGCACAUCGAUGGAAAAGGACCAAGUAGCUACCAGGGUACGGUACCGUAUCAAGGGCUAGGAAUCAUUCAAGGCAGACAACAUGCUUGGUAGCUAAAUCUGUAAACAGAAACUUCACAAGUUUAACUCAAACGAUGAGAGACUGUAGCUUAUGCUUGCCGGUGCCUAAAGGUGUGCCACA